UCGGUCGUGCUCUCAGUGUCUCUCCGCGCUUCGAUACGUGCGUUUUGUUUUGUGCUAAUCGGUGUGCCGCUACCUCCCCUCCCCUACACAAAGCUGCGAUCCGUCGACAGAGUUGAGAGUUUAAGUGCUUCGCUGGUUUCUUCCCUUCGAGACUCUUGCACUCCGCGACCUACGUUACAGGAGCAUCAUGGCCGAGAGCAAGGGCGCGUUAAUCGCGAAAACAGUGCAAAAACAUGCAGGCAGAGCGAAAGAGAAGUUUCUUCAAAAUCUAGGCAAGGUCGAUCGAACGGCAGACGAUAUAUUCGACGAGCAUCUGCAGAACUUUACGAGGCAACAGAACUCCGCUAACAAACUACAAAAGGAGUUUAACAAUUACAUCAGAUGUGUUCGAGCGGUGCAAGCUGCCUCGAAGACACUUAUGGACUCGUUGAAUGAAAUUUAUGAGAGCCAGUGGACUGGACACGACCUGUUGUACGUGCAGGCACAAAAUCUUGACAUGCUAUGGCAAGAUUUCACUCACAAGCUCGCGGACCAAGUUCUUGUACCACUCAACACAUAUCAGAGCCAAUUCCCGGAGAUGAGGAAAAAAAUUGACAAACGCGGUCGUAAAUUGGUAGAUUACGACAGUCAAAGACACAACUUCCAAUCCCUGCAGUGCAAUCCAAAGAAGAGGGACGAACUGAAAGUGUCCCGAGGGAAGGAACUGCUAGAAGAGGCAAAACGUACAUACGAGCAGCUGAAUUCCGAGCUGCACGACGAACUGCCGGCGUUAUACGAUUCGCGUGUUCUUUUCCUCGUCACUAAUCUGCAGACGCUCUUUGCCGCGGAGCAAGUGUUUCAUACUGAAAGUGCUAAGGUUUAUUCGGAAUUAGAAGCGAUCGUCGAUAAAUUGGCAAAUGAAAGUCAGCGAGGAUCUUACACGCUUAAGAAAAACACGGAACCGCAAUCGCCGAAAUCGCCAAACGCAAACUCGUCCCUGAUAAUCAACACGAAACCAGCGCAGAACAAUAUUUCAGAAGCUUUGAAUGAUACCGUGCCCGCCGCCAGAGAUACGUCGCCGACUACUCAGAUAAAUGGCAAUGCUAACAGCAAUGCUAAUAGCAACGCUAAUAGCAAUGAUAAUUCUCUCAAUAACCAGGAUGCAUCGCCACAGAACGCAGUCGCGCCUUCCAAACAGGUCGAGGAGCUAUAUGAUAUUCCAGCUGGCAGGUCCAUGACUAACGGGGCGGACUCGAUCAUUCUAGAGGCGGAAUAUGAAAAUGCUACCAAUUUCUCUGUAGGGGCGACUACCGACAAUCUGCCGCCUGGCGUUUUGUACAGGGUUAAAGCCACUUACAAAUACACUCAAGAGGAUGUGGACGAGCUGUCAUUCGAUGUCGGUGAGAUCAUUCGCGUCGUGGAAUAUGAUGAUCCCGAGGAACAGGAAGAAGGAUGGUUAAUGGGUAUCAAGGAAGGCACCAACGAGAAGGGUAUGUUCCCAGCGAAUUUCACGAAACCGCUGUGAGGGCUGUAAUCGGUACGCCAUUCACACUCCAAUGCUCAUCAGAGACAGCGUAUUUUACUUUAAGGUAGUAGAAAAAGUCACGUAAUUAAAUGGGAGAUAUAUAUAUAUAUGAAUUUCGUGCGGUCAUUCGAAUAUUACGCACGACGACGUAUAUAGAUAAAAGCGAAUUGAAAAGAGUCAGGCGACGGGCUUCAGAAGACGUAAGGGGGAGGGGGCGGGGAAUUCGAUAAGAUAGUUAUGCUGGACGGUACUGCGGAGAAAAUCAAUCACCCCAAAGUGCCUUAACCCAGCCACUGUCUGUGCCAACAUUCACUCUUAUUCGUGAAAAAUAUGGGAUUAAAUCUCUCAUAUCAAACGUACGAAUAUACAUUUUGAAAUAAUAAUCAAAUGAGAUAUUUAAGUGACUAAUAUAUUGUAACACACACGUA